CUGCCGGCCGACAUCCGCCUGCCCGAGGGCUGCCUGGAGAAGCUGGCGCUGAACAGCCCCUUGUUCGACCAGCCCCUCAGCCGGCGCCUGCGCCGCGUCUCGCUGUCUGAGAUCGGCUUCGGGAAGCUGGAGACCUACGUGAAGCUGGACAAGCUGGGAGAGGGGACGUACGCCACCGUCUACAAGGGCAAGAGCAAACUGACAGACAACCUGGUGGCGCUGAAGGAAAUUCGCCUGGAGCACGAGGAGGGGGCGCCCUGCACAGCCAUCCGCGAAGUGUCCCUGCUGAAGGACCUGAAACAUGCCAACAUCGUCACCCUGCACGACAUCAUCCACACGGAGAAGUCGCUGACCCUGGUCUUCGAGUACCUGGACAAGGACUUGAAGCAGUACCUGGACGACUGCGGCAACCUCAUCAACAUGCACAAUGUCAAGCUCUUCCUGUUCCAGCUGCUGCGGGGCCUGGCGUACUGCCACCGCCAGAAGGUGCUGCACCGCGACCUCAAACCCCAGAACCUGCUCAUCAACGAGCGGGGCGAGCUGAAACUGGCCGACUUCGGUCUAGCGCGGGCCAAGUCCAUCCCCACUAAGACGUACUCCAACGAGGUGGUGACGCUCUGGUACCGGCCCCCCGACAUCCUGCUGGGCUCCACCGAGUACUCCACGCAGAUCGACAUGUGGUGA